GCCUUCAUCUUUUUCAUCAUUUUGGAAGGAAAAAAAAACAUUAUAAAGAUCAUAUGGAUAUUGUGAGAAUAGAGUUAUUGUUGAGGCUUUUUGCAACUUUGUUGUUGGUUUUGACUGCUUGUCUUGUUGGAUUUGAUUCUCAAACUAAAGUUGUCUUCUUAUCUGUCCACAUUAAAGCAAACUUCAAAUAUUUGGAUGCCUUGUGUGUUUUGGUAUGGAUUGAUGCUGCUGCUGCCAUUUAUAAUAUACUCCAACUGCUGAAAUGUUUUUACAUUACUACUUCAAAGGGGGAUAUUAAACAAUCUUCUCACAAGAAUUAUUGGUUCUUUUUCUUCUUAGACCAGGCAGUUGUGUACAUUGUAUUUGCAGGAAAUUCAGCAGCAAUUGAAGCAUCAGCAAUAGCAUUGAUUGGGAUUAAAAGUUUACAAUGGAUGAAAAUGUGCAAUAGAUUCACUAGAUUUUGUAUCCAAAUUGGAGCUGCUUUAAUACUGGGCUAUCUUGCUGUCCUUUUAUUGUUUAUGGUCUCAUCACUUUCUGCCUUUCAAUUAUUUAGGCUCUACUCACCUAAGCAUUUCCUUAAACUUAAAAGUAAAUUAAUUCUUGAUGAUAAUGAUAACCAUCUAUAAAAUAAUUGAUAUUGAUACAAUUUGCUUCCUUAGUUCAUGAA